AUUUUCAGCGACACACAAUCAUUUCCGUGUGGUUAGCCGAUCACUGGCGGUAACUGUGAAGUGGAGUUUAACAACAGCUACUGUAGAUCCACUUUUAUUUUAAAUGAAUGCUUCAGGGCUCACAUUGACCGCUGACGUUGGUAGCUGUUUGGAUAGCUAACACGGUGUACGGUAGCAGAGUCAGAAACCCUAACCCAGCAGAGUUUCAACUUUUAGUUUCAUGUUUGUAGUUCCGUUAGCAUGGACGCUCACGGAGAAACAGCAAGCACGGCCUCAGAAGAAGAGCACGAAGUCCAACAUCCCACACAGGAGGAGGAAGAGGAGGAGGAGGAGGAGGAGGACCACCACCACCACCUCGAGCUAGCGUUAGCAAACAUGGCAGUGGCAGACCUGCUGCAGAAGGUGCAGGCUGUGCAGACGGAUAGCACGACAAAAGAGUUGGGCAUCAACACGGAGUCGGAUUGGGAGAGUCAGGUGACGGCCAUGUUGGAGUACAGCUCCAGCCUGACGGGGCAGUACGACAGUAUGAUGAGGAAGCAGGGCGAAGAUGAAGUGUCACAUGAGAAAGACAAACAACAACUGCAUAAGAGGAAGGAGGAGGCCACCCGCCAGCACCAGGCUCUUCUGGACAAACUGGAGUCUUUACGAGUUAAACUGCAGCUGAACAACUCCAAAGCCACCAGGAAGAACUUCCUAGCCAAGAAACAGGAAAUGACCUCAGAGAAGAACAGAGCAGAAGAGGAGAGGAACAGGCUGGCCAAAGAGCUGGAGGAGAGUGAGAGGAAGCUAACGGCGCUCACAGAGGAGCAGAGCGAGGAGCAGAGGAGGUGGCAAGAGGAGCUGGACGAGCUGAGGCAGGAAAUGGAGCGUGUGAGGAAGGAGGCGCAGGAGGCCGAGCUGCUGGCCUUACAGGAUGAGAUCGCUGCCGUGGAAAAGCAGAGAGACGUCGCCAUGGGUCACAUCGAGGCCUGGCUGAGCGAGGUGGGGCAGUACCUGAACGCUCUCAGGGUGGAGUUUCCACAGCAGUACCCUCACGAGAGGCAGAAGUGGGAGAAGAAGGAAGGUCUGGUCCGGAAGAACCAGGCAGAGCUCCAGAGCCGUUUUCAGGAGGUUCUGCAGCAGCUCCAGCAGGGUCGGGAGUUAGAGUCCCUCCCCAGGAUCAACGUGCCGUCUCUGCCGCAGGUCCCCAUGGCUGACCUUAGAUUCAAUCAGGUGAUGCAGUCACUGGUCCGCCCUCAGUUCACGCCCCCUCCUCCACAACAACAAGUGAACCGACCAUUCCUUUCCCAGAGACACCCACACUUCUACCAACAGUACCAGCCCCCUCACCAUCCCCAGUACCGUCACCGCUACCACCUCCCACCACCCCAGCACCACUUCCAACCUCCCUUCCCACCCCGGCACCAACCUCCACAGCAGUUCCAGCCUCUCCCCCCGCCUCAGCCCCAGUUUCAGCCCCACAUCAGAGUUCCACUGAGGGUGACUCCACCUCCGAGUCUCUCCCCCUCCCCGUCCCCUCCUGUUCAGCCUAUCCACCCUGUAGUUCCUUCCCCACCUCCCCCCGCUGCUGCUGCUGCUGCUGGUGCUGCCACCUCCGCCCCAGCCGGCAAACUAGACAAGGUUCUGGAGAAGCUUGGAACCCGGUUCCCUCAGUGCAACAGGGCUCAGCUGACGUCCCUGCUCCAGCAGGUGAAGAGCUCCCGCGGAACACUCGCUGGCAUGUCCAUGGAGGAGGUCAUCGAGCAGGUCGGCUUCAAGCUGGUACAGAACGAGAGGUCGGCCCCGGGGCCCAUCAGCCGGCCCGCACCCCCCGGCCCCAUCCAGAGGCCGGCCCCUCCCCCACAGAGAGCAGCAGCGGCAGGUGGAGGUCAGCCUGCCGGGGCCCGUAAACUCUGCCUGAUGUGCCAAAACCACGUGGAUCCAGAGAGCCGCCACCCACUGAGCUGCUCCCACACCAUCCACAAAGACUGCAUCAAAGUGUGGUUGCAGUCCAGCAAGAACAACUCCUGCCCCUUCUGUCCGGGGAAGUGAUGGACAAACCCAGAAACUUCAGCAAUGACUUUAAUCAGUGCCAUUCCAAACAUUACUCUGAUAGGUUCAACACUGAAUGUCGACAGAUGUGGCUUUUCAGUAUGUUCAUUUGAUAAAUACAACUAACAAUAAAGAUCAAUAAAGAAAAGUA